AUGAAUCCACUAUUGUGUGAUAAUGACGCUCCUCAAAAUGCCAAUAGCCAAGCCGAACUUCAGCGGGAACUUUUCUCAACGGUGACCUCCAUGAUAAGGAGCCCCCGAAAGGGGAUGCGAAGGAAAAGGCUUCAAAAUCUCCUGAGAGACCCAGUAAUUGACGUCAACUUUCAUAUAGACGGCAUUUCGCUCUUAGCAAAGGCGACAUCGGAAUCGAGAGUGCUCGCUGAGGUCUUGCGACACGAAGGAAUUGACUUGAAUUUGUGCAAUCCAGAUGGCCGAACAAGCAUAUUCUUCGCGGUUGAGAACCGGAAAACUUAUUCAUUGAGACUCUUGAUAAAGAAAGGGGCUCUUCUUGACGAGAGGGAUAACCAAGGCCGUACUCCGUUGUCACUAGCGGCAGAACUUGGGAAUGUUGAAAAUGUAAGAAUUCUCGUCGAAUCUAAUGCUGAUAUAAACUUGGCGGACUCAAAAGGCUGGACACCGUUAUUCUGGGCAGCUUCAAGGCAGCAUCUUGAAGCGGUGGACUACCUUUUGUCAACUCAAGGCGUGAACAGCGACCAUCAAGAUAUCGACGGCCGGACACCUUUAGCAAUUGCAUCGGAGACUGGAGAUGCUAAAAUCAUAAGAUGUCUGCUCGAUGCUCAGUCCAAAGGAAGGCUUAUUUUUGGGGUUGAACGCGACCUCCUACUAUGGGCCAUUUUUCACCGCGAUAUACCUACAGCUCAACUUUUACUCAAGGUUGGCCACGGUCUGGUGAACUAUCGCAUAGAAAGCCGUACUCCUCUAUCUCAGACUAAAGAGCUUGGACAUAUUGAUAUGACCGAGAUUCUCAUCGAUGCAGGUGCAGAUAUGCAUGCACUAAAUGAAAUAAUGCUGCGAAUUGAGCUCUUCUUUGCCGAAAAUUCCCCAACGAUGCAACCUCCGUUAUCUGAAGCAGAGUCACCAAGUGCCAAAAUUUUACAGGGACUGCUUGAUGCCGAAAUAAAUGUGAACUCGCUUGGUAUAGAAAAGUGGUCCGCGCUAGCGUGGGCUGUUGAAAAGCGCCACGACGUCCUUGUCAAGUUCUUACUCGAGAUCCCGGGAAUCUCCGUAGACUCUCGAGAUGCGACUGGCCAGACCCCUCUGAUCAUGGCAGCACGACUUGGUGAAACCAAUAUAUUGAACCAUUUACUCGAAUCAAGUGCAGCGAUCAAUUCAGAGGAUGAACAGAAGUGGACAUCACUCUCCUGGGCUGUUGCAAAUGACCAUGAGCAGACAGUAAAGCUUCUACUCAGAGCACCAGAAGUAUUUGUGGACCAUAAAGAUAAAGAAGGUCGUACUCCGUUUUCCCUGGCUGCAGAGCGCGGAUACAUCCAGAUCAUGCUUUUACUCAUUAAACAUGGAGCGGAUCCCCAUGUGCCCGACAACGAAGGCCAUACAGGGUUCUGGCGGUUUCUUCGAGCAAGGUAUGAUAAGUUUAUCCGGUCUCCAAACCAAUUGGGCUGGCCAAUGCUUGGUGGGACGGUGAAUCCUUUCACACUCCAAUUUUUGGUCUGGGCCUUGCCACUUCCAAAUAAAAAAGAUCGAAGCGGUCGCAACUGGCUCUCCUGGGCUGCUGAAUAUGGCGACAACGAAGUUAUACAGUGCUUUCUAAAUGACGAAGAAAGGGCGGAUAAAGUGGACAUAAACAUUUGUGAUGGAACGGGAGACACAUUUUCCCGGACUCCAUUGAUCUGGGCAUUGGAGAGGGGCAAUGAUGCCUUGAUUGAUUUAUUGAAAGACGGGGACACAAUUUCCCUGCAUUUAUUGGUCGAAGGUAUAAGCUCAAUCGAACAAGAGAAGGCGUUAGGCUUGGUGACUACCCUUCUUCAGGCGGGGUACGAAGCCAACCAGCCAGACCAGAACGGAAGAACUCCUCUGCACCUUGCAUGUCUUGAGGAAAGCAAGGAACUUAUUGCGGCCUUGAUUAAAGCUAAUGCAAAGCUGGAUGCCGUAGAUCAUACUGGCAAGAUCCCUUUACAAUAUGCUUUGAAAGUGCGGAACAAAGCUAUCAUAGAUCUACUGCUCGAGGCUCCAUCGGCAGUUCUUGAACCUGUUCGGUCACAUGAAUGGUUCGCGAUGGGAAACAAAGUACAUUAUUGGAUCCAAAUCACGAGGAUGAGCCAAAACCGUGGCUUUGAGCUGAAGUCAAUUAAUAAGCUCAAAUGCGACUGGUUGCCCAGAGCAAAAGAGGCAAGACUAUGUAUUUGCGAGAAAUCCUUGAUAUGGUCUCGCUUACCACAGGAGCUUGACAUCCGUGACAAGCUCAACAGCGAAAGCUAUUAUUGGAACUGUGCUCAGAAAGACUUUGGGUAUCGGUUGGUAACCUAUAUCUCAUUGACCUUUCCAUAUCAACAAGGCAAAGGUGGUUAUCCAUGGGGAAUCGCCUGGAUUAGCAGGAAGACAGCGGAAGGCCUUGCUUAUGGAUUUAUCAGCAUGCUUCCAAGCGGCUGGGUUCCAAGUGAUCCUUCUGACUUUUUCAAUCUGUUUCUUGAGGCUCUGUACCACAAAUGGAGAGCAACCUGUUCUGAUGAAAAUGCAAGGAUUGAGAAGUUGCGACAUGAUCAACUCAAAAAUCGUGGUGGAAAUUACGGUUUAGUCGAUGAGCUUGCCAAGAAUGCUCUAGAGCGUGCAGAGCUCCGGCAAUGUCUGCAAUCACACAUUGAAGGACUCCUUGACGUGGUGAAAUUUAAUGCUUCGCUCCAAACAGAACGUAAAUCACAGCUUAGAGAAGUUGUCGAUGAACUUGAGCAGACGGUGACCACGAAGCUUGACAAUAUGGAACAGGCUGUACGAGAUCUUCUACAAAUUGAGCUUGCAUGGGUUUCUACAAAGGAGGCGGCAAGCUUUAAACGUCUGAGCUGGAUUUCUUUCAUUUUCCUACCGCUGAUGUUUGUUUCAAACACGAGAGCCUGUUUGGAAUGA